AUGCCGUUCGCAGGAGAGGGUAAUCAGGGGCCUCGAAGAGGGGGUAGGGCUUCUGCUGGAGGAGGUGAGGGGCCCCCAGCGAGGCAGCAGCGAGGAUCGAAGGAGAGCUGGCGUCUGGAGGGCUCUAAGAAGCAGCAGCAGCAGCAGCAGCAGCAGCAGCGGCAGCAGAGUGCUGCACCGAAUGAAGCAGAAGAACCCUACGCCCAGCCAAUACAAGGGCCCCACAGCGGCCCUCAAGCCCCCGCAGCAAACUAUCAUAGGGACGGGUAUCAGUUAAGUGCUGCAGCUGCUGCUUCAAGGCAGCAGCAGGAAGAGGAGACUAGGCAUCAGCAGCACCUGCUGCAGCAGCAGCACGCGCAGCACCAGCAGCUUCUGCAGCAGCAGCAGCACCUGCAGCAGCAACAAGUUCUAGAUCCGUACAGUAGUAGUGUUGCUGCCUACGAGGCAGCGUAUGCAGCAGCAGCAGCUGCUGCUGCGCCUUCCUUGUAUGGCAGCCUGACGCCUGCUGCUGCUGCAGCAACAAAUACUGCGCUGCAGCACCUGCAGCACCUGCAGCAGCUGCAGCAAAUGGGAGUUGCUACACAGCUGGGGCCCCUCCCCCCUUACUGCAUGGGCGAUCUAACACCCUUGGGGAGCCUGGACCAGCAGCAGCUGCAGCAGCAGCAGCUACAGCAGCAGCAACUGCAGCAGAUGCAGCAGCAACAGCUGCAGCAGCAGCAGCUGCAACAAAUGCAAAUGCCAAUGCUGUACGCCAUGCAGCAGCCAGGCGGAUCCCCUAUAGAGCUGCAGCAGCAGCAGGCCUUGGUGCUGCAGCAACAGUUACAGCUGCAACAACUGCAGCAGCACAUGCAGCAGCAAGACCCCUAUCUACAGCAGCAGCCGUACGCAUAUACACUGGCGCAGCAAGCAAAGUUGUCUGCUGCUUACGGGGUUCCUGCUGCUUUGCUACCGCAGAUGCAGCAGCUGCAGCAGCAGCAGCACUUACAGGCGCUGCAGCAGCAGCAGCUGCAGCAGCAGCAGCAGCAAAAGCUGCAUGAACAGGCCAAGCAGACGCAGCACCAGGACAUGCAGCAGCAGCUGCUGCAGACCGAUCAGCAUAGGCAGCGAGACCAGCAGCAGCACGCAGCCCCAGGCGAGGGCAAAGGCCCAUCUGCUGCUGCUGCUGCUGCUGCAGAUUCAGCUCAGCCGCAGCUGUCGCAUAAAAUGUAUGAUGGAGAAUUUACGCGUCCUGCCGAGCAGCAGCAGCAGCAGCCGAAGCAGCACAAGCAGCAGCAGCCCCGUAGCCAGUCAGAUGAGCCGCCGCCCCUGCAGCAGCAGCAGCAUCAGCUGCCACCACCACAGCAGCAGCAACAGCAGCAAAGGGCAGCAGAUAACCACAGACCCCGACAGACACCCCAGGGCACGCACAGACUCAGCAACACGCGCAGCAGAGGGGGCCGAGCUAAUCGCAGCAGCGCAGCAGAAGUUGUACCUGCAGCAGCAGCAGCAGCUGCUGCUGCUGCUGCCCCUCUUUCUCCUGCAGCACCGGCAACCGAUUUUGGCGCAGGCCACCCCUCGCAGCCGCAGCAGCAGCCGCCUCCGCCGCAGCAGCAGCAGCAGCAGCAGCAUGCAGGAGGGAGUCUCGCAUGCAGGAGUUCCGACUCUGCUGCUGGACCCCCUGCUGUACGCAUGCAGCAGCAGCAUCACAGCGGUGCCCAUCCGCAGCAGCAGCAGCAGCAGCAGCAGCAAGGGCCCCGUCGGCAGCACGGCCGAGCUCCUCUUCAUGACUCCAGAGGAACUCCCCCAGGAGGGCAUUCGCUGCAGCGCCGCAGCAGCCAGCCAGAAGGAGACAGGCAGCAGCAGCAGCAGCAGCAGAUGAGGAGUGAAGGGCAACAGAGGCAUGCAGCUGCAGCAGCAGCUGCUGCAGCUGCUGCAGGUGCAGCGCCGCAGCACCAGCAGAGACACGAGCGCGGGCCUGCCCGGCAGUACCCAUUAGAUUCGCAGCAGCAGCAGCAGCAGCAGCCGCAGCAACCACCGCAGCAGCAGCAGCAGCAGCAGAAGCCGCGUAGAGGAGGGCGUCAGCAGCAAAGCCGCUUUGGAGGUGGUGGCGGCGAGGGCCCCAUGGGGCCCCUGGGCGAGGGCAGCAGGGGCCCCCGCCUGGGGCCCUCAUCUUCUGCUGCAGGACAUGGUAGGACUUCAGGGGGCCCUGGGGGCCCCCAAGGUUCUGCUGCAGCAGCAGCAGCAGCUGCUGCUGCUCCGAGGCAGCGAGAUGUGCAGCAAGAAGAGGCCCUCGACCGACGAAUUCAAGCUAUAAGUGCAAACAACCGCGAAGUGGAGAAGAGGCACCGAAUAGCGGAACAGGAACGUCAGGCAGCACGAAGGCUGGAAGAAGCAGCAGCAGCAGAACGAGCAGCAGAAGGGUCUCCUCAGACUCCCUCCUCAAGGCUUGUAUCUGCUUCUAAUGGAACACACCCACGCUCCAGCAGCAGCAGCAGCAACAGCAGCAGCAGCAGGGGCGAGGGUAAGGUUGCGGUUGUAGACACUGCAGGGUCAGACCCGGGAGCAGCAACGGUUGCAGCAGCAGCGGGGGCUUCCCCUGCUGCUGCUGCAACCGCUGCUGCUGCACCAGCUGCUGCACCUACUCCUCGGGCGCGCUCUGGCCGGUGGACGAAUUCUUAUCAGGGGAACCAGGAGCCGGGAAAGGGUGCAGCAGCAGCAGCAGCAGCAGCAGCAACAGGUUCUGCUGCUGCUGGUGGUCCCUCUAGUUCAGGAGGUGGAGGCCUUCGAGAUGCAUCGGAGACCCACGCUUCUCCUCAAAGGGUGCUGCUGCUGCACAGGCAGCAGCAGCACCCGCAUACACAGUCCAGCCGGCCCGGUAGCGCAGCAGCAGCAGCAACAACAACAGCAUCAGCAGCAGCAGCUAGCGGGGAGGGGCCUUCCAAGCUGAAGGGCCGCUCCACACGAAGUGUCUCCCGAGGCGGCACCCGCAGCAGCAGCAGCACGGGGGGCCCCGAUCAUUCCUUAGAGCAAGAGCAGCACGAAAAGGCGCCCCCAGUGGAGGGAGACCCGCCUCAGCAGCAGCAGCAGCAGCAGCAGCAGGCAGCAGGAGGCCGGAAGCAGGUAGAAGGCGUUGGGGCUUGUGGGCCUUCACGAGAACGACGAGCCCGGCAGGCGGCCCUUAAGCGCCAGGAGUUAUCACAGCAGCAGCAGCAGCAGCAACAGCAACAACAGCAGCAGCAGCAGGGGAACGAUUCUCAUCGGUUUGGUGCUGCUCCGCCUGCUUGGCGUUCAUCCGGGGCAUCGAAGCAGCUUCGGAUGUCUGUACAGCGGGAGGGUGUCUAUACAGCGAAGCAGUUGGUAGCGACUGCUGCAGCAGGGCCUUCUAUUGAUGCAGCAGUGUCUCCUUUUAAACCUCCUCCUCCUCCUUCUUCUGCUUCUUCUUCUUCUUCUCCUUUGAUUGAGGCCUCAGCAGCAGCAGCAGCAACAGCAGCAACAGCAGCAGCAGCAGAAAGCAAAACGCCGUCGUAG